AUAAAGUAUACGGAGAAAUACGGUUCAUUUAGGCGGGAAUACAAAAUGGAGGGUGAUAGAUUAUACCAAGAGAUAGAAUAUUUGACAGAAGCACAAAAUAUAGACAAGAAAUGCUUGGAAGUUCUUGAUGAGGUAGUGUUAGGCUAUCUCUCCAGCCUUUUAUCUAGUUCAAAUGAAGAUAAAGAUCAUGACGAUUCAAUCGAAGACUUUAUUGAAGUGUUGGCUGGAUACAUACCAGAAGUCUCUCAAUUUGAUAGAGCUACUGUAAGUGAUUGGUUCAAGAACAGAAUACUCAACAACAUGUCUGCUUCAUCUUCUGAAUCUCCUGAACCAGAUAAGAUCUGGUCGGACAUGAAAGAUGACGUCUCAAGGAAAAAGAGCAAAAAGAAACACCACGAACCGUUGCAAGAAGCAACAACUAAAUGUGCAACAAAAGCUGUCUGUGAUGAAACUACUAAGGAUUACAUUGUUUCAAGGUACUCCCAGAUAUCACACACAACCUUUCAUCGUCCUGUGUUGCCAAAAGAAGAACCCAAAAAGAUGGUUCGCUACCGUGACAACCAAGUAGUGAGUAUGAAAGGAGAAAGAUACAGCUGUGAGAAGACAGCAGAGUCAGAAGAAAUGAAGAAAACCUACGUCAAUCUUAAGCCACUUAGAAAAUAUCGUUUCCAUUAAACAAAAUUGUAUUCUAUCAUUGAUAUUUUUAUUAUUAUUUUAGAUCAGUGACAUUAUUGUUAUUAUUAUUAGAAAUUACAAACACAUACAUAUAGAUCAAUAUUGAUACAAAAAAUGAUAAAUAUAUAUUAUCGUCAAAAAGCAUACAAUUAUGCUUUGGACAACAGGAAAAGAAAUUGAUCUCUCUUUAUAAAUUAUUCAUUAAUAUUAUUAUUAUUAAUAAUUAGCUACAACAAUAAUUAAUAUCAACAACACCAAUCACAUAGAAGAGAGGAA